AUGACCGGCUUUCGGCAGGAGGCGGAUGACCCGAACAGCCACUACUGUGAAAAUCGCAGCAGCCCCUCUUGGGGUCUACGCUGUCAUUGGCCAAAGAACAUCAAUCUUCCCAAAAAUGUCUUCGUAGUAAGAUCGGCCGGCCUGGAUAUAGGACCUGCGCCGACGCCCUACAACUGUCCGUCGGUUGCCCUGCACGCCUGGGAAGAUCCGAACGAGUGCGAUCGUUACGUUCGUUGUGAGAAUGGUACCGUAACCGCUGCCCAGUGCCCGAAUGGCCUCGUAUUUAGCCCUACCGGAGGGGCGUAUGACUUCUGCGACUUCAACUGGAAAAUCGACUGCGGCAAAAAGAAGGUUCCUCCUCCAGAAUCCUCGCCUGGCUGCUAUUAUCAAUGGGGUCUAUACCCGGCUGACAAUUGUGUGCAGUACGUGCGCUGCGAAUUCGGAGUUCCAUACGUGAAGGAUUGCGAGCAUGGCCUCGCUUACGACGACAAAUCAAAAACGUGCAACUGGCCCGACCUCGUUGACGGAUGCGACUCUGAGUCAAUCGUUGGUUUCCGUUGCCCCGACUAUUCAGAAGGACUUUCCGCUAAGUUCGAGCCCUAUCCGCGUUACCUUCAUCCCGGAGACUGUACCAAACUCAUCACCUGCGUAAACCAGAUGCCCCGUCUCAUUAACUGCGGACCAGGCACCGGGGUGUCCCCAUACUCGCUUACUUGCGAAGACUACCGGGACGUUCCUGAGUGCAAAGCGGCCGCGGCGACCGCCAACUACAUUAAGAAGAAGUAGUACUUGAGCUGCGAACGGAAGCGUACAGGUGCCAACGGUAAACAGGACAAAUAUACGAAGCAAAAAAAGGGAUUCGUUGUCGCUGCUGCUGCUGCUGCUGCUGUUUCAGCAGACGCCGCGUCCGCCGAUGCGGUCCGGCCGAACGCGAUUUUAACGCUAAUCACAAUAAAAAUAAGCCGAAAAUGAGAAAUGUCAAUUUCAAGCCAGCUCUUCUUUGCUAUCAUUGCGACAACAGUACACCAUGACCAUGCCAUCCCCUAUACUAGAUAUGCUAUCGUGGCAAAGGAUAUCCAAUCCAUUUAAAUCUAUUGUCUAUUUUUACACGUAUUAAUACCGACAAAGGAAACGAGAUGAAGAACGGAAAACCACAAAAUAGUUUAGGGCAAAACCGGCGUAAUUUUCAGGAAAAAAAGUAUAACAAUUAUGCUCUCAGGAUGCUUAUAACACCGCCUCAACCAAAAAAAAAAACAACAACUUAGUAUUUAAACGUAUUUAAAUGUAUGUCAGGUCGAUACAUUUGCGUUAAGUUGCUGUUAUUUAACAUCGACCGACAAUACACAACGACGUUUACAGUAACAAAAUCAACAGAACAGAAUAAAUGAUACAUAAUAGGUGUGUUCUA